AAUAACCCGUUGGCCACAGUCGCGAACACAGUCUUGGUAUCGACGUACCGUCGCUGCCUGCCGCCGCCGCCGCAGCCGUCGAGUUACAUAUUAUUGUUAUUGUUAUUGUCAUUACCGUCAUCGUCGUCGUCGUCGUUGUUGUUACCGCCGCGGUCGCCGCCACCGACGCUGUUGUCAUUCGAGUGUCGUGCGUUUUUUGUCGUUGUCCGAAUUAAAAAAGUUUCUUCUUCUCCGGCCAUACCAGUGUUGUGCGUACUACAUCCGCCGCAUUCUACCCUCGCACGACCGUUUAGUGGCCCGCGUCUCCGUGGAGUUCGCUUGAGUGUUCGUGUGUGUGUGUGUUUGUGUGUGUGAGUGUGUGUACAUGUUGUCGCGUGCGUCCGCGAUCUAGUGCUUGUCAUUUCGUCCCCGGGGGACACUGGAAGAAUAUAACAACACAAGUUCCCGUCCGGUUUCGAUUUGGUCCGCGAAAUAUUGAUUCACAUCAUAAUAAUCGUAUAAUAAUACUAUACUAAUUUCAGCACACGCUAUACAGGCAUACCUACCUAUCGUAAUUCGACAGUUAAUUAUACCCAAAUAUUAAAUUGAUUAAUAAUAAUAUACCAAAGGCCUAAAAAAUCUUCGACCAGUGUGACCGCCGCCACCGCCGCGAUAUACCUACGCGAAUCCGAGACGAAUAAAGCUCUCGAUAAAAUCUAUCGUCACGAUAAAUUUGCGUUCUACAUAGAUAUAGGAGGAGACGCGUGUUCUGGAGAGAGGUGUAUAAUAAUAUUAUACAAUCACAUUAGACCGAUUGUGCAGUGUGCGUGGGCGUAGGAACGCGUGUGUCGAUUGAAAACUUACCGCGGCCGUGUGUUUAUCAUCCCGCCGUCGAAUAUGAGCAUCGCCGCUUUGUUACAAGCCGCCGAGUACCUGGAAAGGCGCGAAAGAGGUAAGUUUACCGCGUCGCCUCCGUACCCCCCGCCACCGUUCGCCGACACCGCAGCCGCGAACGACGGACCCGCCGCCGCCGACCGCGUAAACACCGUCGUAUUUUUUGCAGAAGCGGAACACGGAUAUGCUUCGCCGAUGCCGAUCACAAUCGAUCUCAAAGGGUCUUCGAAGAGGUCAAAGACGAAGAAGUCGCAGGGAAGCCGAACAACUCAUAAUGAACUGGAGAAAAACAGGCGAGCUCAUCUCAGAAACUGUUUAGAAAAACUGAAAGAAAUGGUCCCGCUGGGUCACGAAUCGUCGCGGCACACGACUCUGGGCUUGCUGACUAAAGCCAAGCGGUUCAUAAAGAAUUUGGAAUCGCAGGAGAAAAAACACAUGAUGCACAAGGACACGCUGAGCCGAGAGCAUAGAUACCUGCGGCGGAGACUGGACCAGUUGACCACCACAUUAAAUGUGAACAAACGCCGUUCCGUUUCCGAGUCCAGUAGCUACACUACCGCGUCUGGUGCAUCGACAACCUCGUCCGCAUGCAGCACGUCUUCGUCGCCAUCUAUAUCUGAAUCAGACGAAGUGGACGUGACCGGCUGGGUGAGCGACACCGGAAGCGUACAAUCUGGGUCCAGCGACAGUGGCGUUGCACUCUCUACUUGCCGCAUCACAUUAUCCGAAAUGGUCUUUUAGACAAAUAUGUACGGUGACCAAGACACGAGGAAGACGACGAAUACGACGACGAAGAUAUGAAUAAAAAAAAUAAUAUAUUAAUAAAAAAAAAAAAAACUAUAAUUAAAAAAAAAUCCAAAAAUGUAUGAAAUAAUAUUUUAAUUUAUAAAACAUAUUUACAUGUAUAUACACGUUAAAAUUGUAUACAUGAUAUACGUAUAUAUAUGUGUGCGUGUGUGUAUGUGUGUAUAUAUAUAUAUAUAUAUAUUUAUAUAUUAUAUUAUUUAUGAAACGCGUGUACCAGCACCCCGAGAAGAGGCUAUUUUAGGGAUCAUCGAUCCGACUGAUCUGUGUUCACCUAACAACCACUAAUGGACGCGAUACGAGCACACGCUGACCUAUAGGAUGACGGGCUAUAUUAUAACAACGACUACAUUUUGUUUAUUAUUAUUAUUUUAUUCAUUCUCUCUUUUUCUCAAUCAUUAUAAAUCCCUUCACGCAUGUAACACGCGCGAGCCGCUGAUGUCCACGAAAAAAAUAUAAUUUUUACUAUACUCAGCUCUAGUCACCAAAUAAUAUUAUAUUAUACAAUUUUUUUUUUUUUAAUUAUUAUUAUUAUUAUUAUUUAUACAUUGGUGAUUGGCCAGAACUCUCGUGGAAGAGGUACAGAUGAUAGGAAUGAAUGAUAAUACAAAUUCUAACGUCAACAAUUAUUUAUUAUAUAUUAUGAUUUUACAUAUAUAUAUAUAUAUAUAUAUAUAUAUACGUAUAACAACACACAUAUACAACAACUUUUAACCCUUACGCAAUUUUAUCAGUAUCUCAUUAUUCGUAAUUAUUGUAUUAUUUCUUUCUUACUAUUAGUAUAAUAUAAAAUAUUAUAUUUACAAUAUAGACGUACAAUUUUUUUUUUCUGUUAUUACAAUAAUGAUUUGCGGUAUGAUAUUAAUGUUUUAUUAUUAUGUAUAAUUAUUAAAUUAUUUUAAUAUUUACGUAGAAUAUUGUUUGUAAACGGUCGCCGGCCAUACGCACCGUCUAAAUAUAUAUAUAUAUAUAUAAUAUACUCACGUAUAAUUAUAUUUCUCAUCGAACCAAAAAAUAAACAGCCUCUCAAUUUUUUGGAAUAAAA